CAUGCAUUUGAUUUUUGUAUGUAUAAUCAAUUACUUGACAAACUCUUUGUAGUUCACAUGAGUUUUUUCUAAAAUAUGUAUUUAUUAAUUAAAUUUCAGAUUUAUUUAUUUAUUUUGCGUUUACGAAAACAUUUUAUCUGUCAGCUUUUUACUAAUAUCUUUUUGGAAUGUAUAUGAUAUAUCCUUUGUGUUUAAAGGCAAUUUGAACAUGAUAUAUUUUAUUUGCACUAAUUUUUACUUCCUAUUAUUUGGCAUUUUACUUAAUUAUUAUUCAUAAUGUAGUAGCAUUAAUUAGAUUAGUCAAUAAAAAAUGGUUAUGGAAAAAUUAGUGCACAUAACUCAGUAAUUACAUUUUCUCAAUAAAUUGACAAAACAGAACUUGCUAUGGAUUUCAAAAAUUUUUUUUUUUCUGUUUUAUUAAUGUCUGAAUUUAGUAGCAAGAAAUUAUGUCAUGAUUUUAAGUCUUACCAUUUUAUUUAUUUAUUGGUUUUUUUUUUAAUUUUAAGAAUAAUUGCUUAUGUAUCUUGUCAUCUCAGAUAAAGUUUUUGAUACUGAUUUUAAUCUUCAGUCUUAUUUAUCUUUUACAUAAAUUUCAAUUCAUAUAUAUAUUGAGUAUCUAAGGACCAUUCAAAUUGAUAAUAUAGAGAGAACUUCAUUGUGUAUCUUUUUUUUCUGUUAAAACAGUUCUGGAUUUUUAACGUAAUUAUCAGACGUUUAAAGAAUUUUCAUAUUUUAUGUAAAAAGAGCUUUACUUAAGAUGUAGUUAUUUUAUUUGAUAAAUACCAUUGCUUUUAGCCUUCGGUGUAUUUGAUGGUCACUAACUAUUUUUAAUUGAUAGAAUGUAAUGCUCAAUAUAAUUCAGUAAUAUAUAUUAUAAUAUGCAAUUACAAAUAUUUUGUAUUCAAAAUUUGACUAAAAUGCAUGCUUUAUUUAUUUUUGAGAAAGGGAUCUAAGAUAUUUUCAACCUUAUUUCUGAAUUAUCUUGAAACAACUUGUUUCAUCACAUACAGUUAAUAUGCAUAUGAAAAUGAUUGCUUAUCUAAAAUCAUUAUGUAUUUUUCUGUUCAUCUUUUAUGUUUUGCUCGGUGAAUUGAAAGCCUCUCUGCAAAUUUUCUAUUCGAUUUAAUAUUAAUCAAAUUUAUAAAGAACAGAAUAAAGUUUUGAGAACCCCAUUAUUUUUUGUAAUACAUUAAUUGAUAACAGUUUAUCCUUAUAUUUUUUUAUACUGAGAUAUGAUUUCUGUGUUUGUUUUCACGUUUCACUAUUUAUAAAAUGGAGUGAUUCAUAUAUGUAUUUUUAAUUUUUUUUUAUAGGAAUGGCACGGCUGUUUGAAGGGAUAUGUCCUUUGCUCACAGAAACUGUACUUAAUAAAUGUAAAUUUGCUGGAAUUAAAACUGUAACAGAUUUCAUAUCAUUUGAUCCUGAAGAAUUAGCAAAGAAAAUUAAAAUGCCAUAUAAAGAUGUAUUAUCUAUAUAUUAUGCUCUAAUUAUGAAAUAUGCAGGAUUUCCUCAAAAUGCUACCAGUCUACAGUGUGAAUUGCUGGAGUCAGUAUCAAUACUUGAUACAGGUUCUAAAAGGUUAAAUAAAUUUUUAUGUGGUGGAAUAUAUACUGGUGAAGUGACUGAAAUUCAUGGAAUGCCUGGUUCUGGGAAAACACAGUUUUGUUUCAGUGUAAUUUCGAACUUAAUCUUGGAAACUAAAAGCACUGCUUUAUAUCUGGAUGCAAGUAAUAAUUUUGUUGCAAAACGAAUGGAGGAAAUAUUAAGUGAAAAAUCAGGGACAGACCAGGAUGCAAUUGAUAACUUACACAAUGUGAAAGUGAAAAAUGUCUAUGAUAUUUAUGAUCUGUUCCACUAUUUAGAUAUUUUAAAAGAGGAACUGUAUAAACAGGAAACUAUCUUUUUCCGGUACUUGAAAGUGCUCAUAAUUGAUGCAAUUACACCACUUCUUUCUCCCUGUUUUGAUGGAAAAUAUUUAGAUGGGUUAGGUUUGAUGAAUAAUCUUUCUCAACUUCUCCAUACCUUAUGCUCUGAACAUAAGAUUUCAAUUUUGGUGUGUAAUAAUACAGUUCAAGGAAAUAAUUUUUCAAUAAAACCGGCAUUAGGAUUGAACUGGAAAUAUGUCCCAUCAAUUUCCCUUUGUAUUGAACGUUUAGAUGGAACACCAGUUCAUAAGAUUAAGGCCGUAAAAAGUUGCCGCAGUAAUCUUUUUGAAGAAAUCACUUUCAAUAUAUCUAGAUCUGGAAUAAUUGAUUGAGCAUGCAGAACUCAUAAUUAUCUUCUCAGUUCUAAAUAAACUUUUGAAUUUUUGUGUA